AUGCAGGUUCGUCCCCAGUCGGCGAAGGAACACAUCCAGAGAACGGAAGAUGAACAAGACCAAGAAGCGAAAGCAUGCUCGUACGGGUCAGGUAAAGUACUGAUCACGUCCAUCCCAGAAGAGCCAGAGUUCGCUUACACUGAAGACAAGGAUCACAUGUAA